GACGCCAUUUUUCUGCUACUAACCAUUGACGUAAAGCCGACAGUGGUAUAGGUAUACUGGUAUUCAUCAAAUUAAAUUUAUACUAAUAUCUUCUCAGAUAAUAAUUAUUAUGUAUUAGUAACGACUGUAUAAGGAAUUUAAUAGUUUUUGGUUCUCAGGUAACCUGAGAUCAUGGAUGUCAAAUCCUUCAUUCACCAGUGGUGCACAAAGAAAAAUCUUUCUCCAGAAUUUGAAUGCAGAUCCACAGGGCCAAAACAUCGGCAGCGGUUUCUUUGUGAAUUGAGAGUCCAGGGCUACAGUUAUGUCGGCGCUGGAAAUUCUUUCAACAAGAAGGAUGCUGAGAAGAAUGCUUCAAAAGAUUUCAUCCAAUAUUUGCUGCGUCAAAAUGAAGUCCCACCAUCUGAUGUUGCAGGCGUGACUGGGCUGAAUGAGCUAGCAGCGGGGGCGGGGGUUGCAGGUGACAACAAUGGUGCCGGGGGUGGGGGUGGUCCACCUCCCCCUCACCAGUCACUGGGUCUGCAGUCGCGGCCGGUCUUCCAGCCGGGGUUCACACCGGACACUAUGGGCCCAGCCUACACCGGCGUCCGUCACUCCGACGGACAGGACAACCGGCAGACCUAUCUCGACAUCAUGGCUGACAAGGCCAAAAUGGAAGAUGCUGAAGAUCUGGAUGUGAAUGCUCGUAUGCACGGAAAUUGGACUAUUGAAAAUGGAAAAUCCAAACUUCAUCAGUUCAUGCAAACCAACAAAAUUAAUGCAGACUACAAGUAUACGGUCGUAGGAAUGAGGAGCUUUGUUGCUGAAAUGAGUUUCUAUGUGAAACAGUUACAAAGAACUAUAAUAGGCCGAGAAUCCGGCUCGAACAAACAGCAAGCAUCGAAAAGCUGUGCCCUGUCAAUUGUAAGGCAGUUGUACCAUUUGGGAGUAAUAGAAGCCUAUCAAGGCACUCUGAAGAAGAAGGAAACUGAGCAGGUGCCGCCCUAUGAGGUGAACGUAGCGCCCGAUCUGGUCGAACGAAUCCAAGAUGUCCUCCAGAGUCUCGAAGUCAAACCUGUCCGAAUUCCGGAAAGCAGUGAUGCGCCUGUGUCUCUGCUCACGAAUCACGUGUUGGAGAAGUUCGUGAACAGCAAGCCGCAAGUGGCCGGGGUCGUGUCGUGGUCGCCACCCACUCAGAACUGGAAUCCCUGGACUGGGUGCAACAUCGACGAAGGUCCUUUGGCUCACGCAUCAUUGGAUCAAAUAAGUGAAGAUCUAGCUGAAGGAUUCAAAAACAAGAUGCAGGGUGACACUGACUUUCAAAAGUCGGUUAAUGAUAGAAGCCAACUGCCCAUUUUUAGUAAGAGAGGAGAGAUCAUGUCAGCAAUCAAUGAGAAUCCAGUCAUUAUCAUCAAAGGAAAUACGGGUUGCGGAAAGACUACCCAGGUAUGCCAGUAUAUUAUGGACGACUACAUCCAGACGGGGCAGGGUGGCUACUGCAACAUAAUAGUGACGCAGCCGCGGCGUAUCUCAGCCGUGUCGGUGGCCGACCGAGUGGCCAGUGAGCGCUGUGAGGAGACUGGCAUCAGUGUUGGCUAUAGUGUCCGCUUCGAGUCUAUGCUGCCCAGGCCCUACGGUGGAAUUAUGUUCUGCACUAUAGGAGUUCUACUGAGGAAGCUUGAGAAUGGGCUGAGAGGCGUCUCUCAUGUGAUCGUUGACGAAGUCCAUGAAAGAGACGUCAACACUGAUUUUAUAAUGGUGAUAUUGCGUGAUAUGAUCCACAACUACCCAGAUUUAAGAGUCAUUCUCAUGUCAGCCACCAUCGAUACAUCAGUUUUUGCUAGAUAUUUCAACGACUGUCCUGUCCUUGAAGUUCCUGGUCGCGCAUUUCCAGUGCAAGAGUAUUUCCUCGAGGACUGCGUGCAAAUGCUGAACUUUGUUCCACCUCCGGACAUCCGCAAAAAGAAGAGCAGAGACAAGAACGAUGGAGAAGAUGGAGUGGAGCAGACUGACAUGGACGACAACAUGAACAAGUUUGUGGCCGACACCUACUCCUCCCAAACCAGGAUGAAUGUCGGUCUCAUCAGCGAGAAGGAUAUCAGCUUCGAACUAAUCGAGUCUCUGCUGAAGUACAUCAAAGGACUGAACAUACCAGGAGCAGUGCUUGUCUUCUUGCCGGGCUGGAAUUUAAUAUUUGCCCUGUUCAAGUAUCUGCAACAACAUCCUGUAUUCGGAGGAACUGGUUUUCAAGUGUUGCCUCUUCAUUCUCAAUUGCCUAGAGAGGAUCAGCGCAGAGUUUUUGCAUCCGUACCUGAAGGCACCACCAAGAUAAUUCUCUCAACAAACAUAGCAGAAACAUCGAUCACAAUCAACGACGUGGUGUAUGUGAUUGACACGUGCAAAGCGAAAAUGAAGCUGUUUACGUCACACAACAACAUGACCAACUAUGCAACAGUGUGGGCGUCCAAGACCAAUCUGGAGCAGCGGAAGGGGCGAGCGGGGCGAGUCAGGCCCGGGUUCUGCUUCCAUCUCUGCAGUCGAGCACGACACGCAAAACUAGAGGAAUACAUGACACCAGAAAUGCUGCGCACUCCGUUACACGAACUGGCUCUGUCCAUCAAGCUGCUGCGACUGGGAGCGAUCGGCCAGUUCCUGAGUAAGGCGAUCGAGUCGCCGCCCAUCGACGCGGUGAUUGAGGCCGAAGUCAUGCUGCGAGAGAUGAAGUGCCUGGACGACAACGACGAGCUGACUCCGCUGGGCAAGAUCCUGGCACGGCUGCCGAUCGAGCCGCGUCUCGGCAAGAUGAUGAUCCUGGGAACUCUGUUUUUCUGCGGCGACGCUCUCUCCACCAUCGCUGCCAACAGUUCUACCUUUCCCGAAGUGUUUCUUACCGAAAGGAAGCUGAGUUAUCAGCAGAGAGCUUUUGCUGGCAGCCGCUACAGCGACCACAUCGCAAUGCUGAAUGUGUUUCAGACAUGGGAAGGGGUUCGUGCCAAUGGCCCACGUGCUGAAGAGAAUUUCUGCGAUCACAAGCAAAUAUCUUUGCCUACUUUGAAGAUCACAUGGGAAGCUAAGAAUCAACUCCGAGAUUUGCUGACUUCUAUUGGCUUUCCUGAAGAGUCGCUGAUGCCUUUGCCCUACAAUUUCAUUGGCACUGAUGACAAAAUGGAUAUUGUGGUUGCACUUCUCUGUAUGGGAUUCUAUCCAAACGUCUGCUACCACAAGGAAAAGAGAAAGGUGCUGACAACAGAGUGCAAAUCUGCUCUGGUUCAUAAGAUGUCAGUGAAUUGCAGCAACAUGGAGCAAACAUUCCCUUGUCCAUUCUUUGUGUUCGGAGAAAAGAUCCGUACCAGAGUGGUGGCAUGUAAGCAAAUGACUAUGGUCAGCCCCAUCCAUCUGCUCCUCUUCGGAUGCCGGAAAAUUGAAUUUAUUGAUGACGUCAUCCGACUCGACGGUUGGAUAAACCUGAAAAUGGAUCCGAAUGUGGCGGCGUGCAUAGUGGCGUUGAGGCCAGCGCUGGAGGGACUGGUGAUCAAGGCGAGCAGAGAGCCCGAGCAGAUCACCGAACUGAGUCCAGUCGACGAGAAGGUGAUCGCCGUCAUCAAGGACCUCUGCAAGGUCAACGCCGGUCGCCACAACAUGGAGCCCGUUGGCACUGGAGCCGGAUAUGCCACCAAGAGACCAUACAGAGAAUUCGGGGGAGGAGGAGGUCCACCUCCCAAACGAGGAUUUGGAGGUGGUGGAUUCGGGGGUGGUGGCGGAUACGGCAGAGGUGGUUUUGGAGGUGGUCGAGGUGGCGGUAGAUACUUUGGUGGCGGAGAAGGGGGUGGAUGGGGAGGAGGAGGAGGAGGAGGAAGAGGAGGACGAGGAGGUUUCAGAGGAGGACGUGGAGGAUGGUGAAUGCUUCAAUGUAGCAUCUGUUCAUUUUGCAAUUUAUUUAUUCAGUUUCUUUAAAUAAUUUGUGGUUCACCUAUAUCGAUACUAGUAUUAUAUUGAUUGAACUAUACUUGUCUUUAACUAAGGCAAAAUGUUCCACUACUGUAUGCGUUUAUCUUUUUAAUAUCAAUGUAUUAUUAAAAUAAAAUAGACUUUUAACAUUUGCUUUACUGUUAGUAAAACAUCACCUAGGAAAUUUGAGAUGUGAUCGAUCCUUAUUACCAUUAUGUAAUAAAAAUAUUAUUCCAGAA